UCAGCGCAAACCCCUCCUCUCCUCUGCAUUCUCAACAAACUGGUGGAGCCUUCUCCCUCUCUAAACGGCCAACAGAUACUGGCUUUUCUGCCUGCGCAUUCCCCGGCGGUUAACGCACUAGGAAAGACACUUAUCCUCAAACCACGCGAAUUUUUAGACUCGGAGUAGUUAUAUAAAUAUGCUGUUUCGUACGAACUUAUUUUGCACUUCGCUCAUUUAACAUUUUUUACGCGAAAACGAUUUUUUUCGUGGAGAGUCGACGCAACUUUGUGGUCUUUCGGUGCGUAUUCCAUGCGCAUACACUCAGUAGUAAGGAUCCAUUUGUGAUCAGACGUCCAGAGGCCUGCAGCGGUACACUCAUGAGGAUAUUAGAGGGUGUUCUUGGUAGCGUUCUCGAAGUUCGCGUGGACCGUCUUAAGUUGCUUUCCCUUGUUUCCCAGGAAGAGUGCCGUGGACACACUCUGCCAGACGGAGAAUAAGUAACAUCGUGAGGACGUGUUGAGCAUACGUCUGCAAAGUUGUUGCAUGACAGCGGGAAGCGACACCUGUAUCUUACAUUUGAAAUUAACCAGAAGGGAUUCGGACUGAUUUCUGGCUGGGUCUGUGAUAUCUGUAGUCAUGGAAAAAUCGGAGCUUUCUAUACAUGUCAACGAGGAGUUCUGAAAGCGUGGGAACUGGUGCUGCCUGUCUUGGUCGAGUUCACGCUCUGAGAAUCUGAGAGGACCAUAACACUUGGCUUGAACAAAGUUGAUGCACAGUGUUCAUCUAAAGUAUAACUCCCUUUUUUGUGUGAGAGGAACACAGCGAAACCAGAAACAUGCCACAACUCAACGGAGGCGGUGGGGAUGACCUGGGGGCCAACGAUGAGAUGAUCUCCUUCAAAGAUGAAGGGGAACAGGAGGAAAAAAUAUCCGAAAAUGUGUCAGCCGAGAGAGAUUUGGAUGACGUUAAGUCCUCUUUGGUAAACGAGUCGGAAAACAAUAGCAGUUCUUCGGACUCUGAGGCAGAAAGGCGCCCCCAACCAAGAACAGACUCAGAGCUAUACGAGAGAGCCAGGGAUUACUUUAGUGAAGCUUUAAGAAGACAAGAUGGAGGCUUAUUUAAGAGUACCCCUUAUCCUGGUUACCCAUUUCUCAUGAUCCCAGACCUUACCAAUCCAUACCUUUCCAACGGCGCCCUGUCUCCCAGCGCGAGAACGUACCUGCCAAUGAAAUGGCCUCUUCUGGACGUCCCAGGAACAGCGUCCCUCAAAGACUCCCGAUCACCCACUCCAGGACACCUGUCUAACAAGGUUCCGGUGGUCCAGCACGCCCACCAUGUGCACCCCCUCACUCCACUCAUCACCUACAGCAACGACCACUUCCCUCCUGGCACACCGCCUUCACACCUCUCCCCAGAGAUCCUUGACCCAAAGACAGGAAUCCCACGCACUCCUCACCCCUCAGAACUGUCCCCAUACUACCCCCUGUCUCCUGGAGCCGUGGGGCAAAUCGCCCACCCCCUAGGAUGGCUCGUGUCACAACAGGGCCAGCACAUGUACUCCAUCCCUCAUGGAGGGUUCCGGCACCCAUAUCCAGCCCUGGCUAUGAACGCCUCCAUGUCCAGUUUGGUGUCUAGCCGCUUCUCUCCACACAUGAUGGCCCACCACCCCCACAGCCUGCACCAGACAGGCAUCCCACACCCGGCCAUCGUCUCGCCCACCAUCAAACAGGAGCCCAACGGUGACCACAGCUCUGCAGCGCACUCCAGGAGGUCGCCGGGGCCACAGAAGAAGGAGGAGGACAAGAAGCCGCACAUCAAAAAGCCCCUGAACGCCUUCAUGCUCUACAUGAAAGAGAUGAGGGCCAAGGUGGUCGCCGAGUGCACUCUGAAGGAGAGCGCCGCCAUCAACCAGAUCCUGGGCAGAAGGUGGCACUCGCUAUCAAGAGAGGAGCAGGCCAAAUAUUACGAGCUGGCGAGGAAAGAGCGACAACUGCAUUCUCAGCUGUACCCAGGCUGGUCGGCACGAGAUAACUACGGCAAGCGGAAAAAGAGGAAGAGAGAUAAUAAGCCGGAGCCCAAGCCAGAGGAUUUCUCAGCGCGCAGCAAGAAACAGUGUGUGCAGUACCUCCCGCAGGAGAAGACCAUCGAUAGCCCGGCGUCGUCGCACGGCAGCAUGCUGGACUCUCCGGCCACCCCCUCGGCUGCCCUGGCCUCGCCGGCCGCCCCGGCACCCACCCACUCCGAGCAGGCCCAGCCCCUGUCCCUCACCACCAAGCCCGACCGCGGCUCCCAUCAUCACCAUUCUCACUUCCCGCUGCCGGGAAGGCACACCUCAUCUGCAUCCCCAUCUUCCUCUUCCUCCUCCAUCUCCUCUCACUCCGGCCUCUCUCCCGCUAUAGGUACCUCAAGCAGCCAUUCCACUCCUCCCAUCCUCUCCCGGCCAAUCCCCUUCUCCUCCCUGCACCAUUCCUUGCUGUCUCCGACCUCCCCGUACCACCAAGCUGCCCUGCACUCCCACCAUGCCCUGUUCCAGACGCAGCCCCUGUCCUUGGUAACCAAAUCAACUGAAUAAACUGCAAAAGCGACUUUCUCUCCUUUUUUUUUUUUUUUUUUUCCCCCCUUUUCUGGUUUUUAAUAAUGCUGUAUAUUGCUUUUACGUUUUUAAAUAGCCAUUAGGUCAAAACUUUUUUGAUAAUGAAAAGGAAAUAAAUAUUAUCGGUCAAUAUUUGAUCACCUCCUUUUCUGCCUCUCUUUACGAAAACAAAAUGUAUUUUUUGUAAAGUUUACAGCAGAACUGGCUUCUUAUUUGAUGCAUUUAUCCAAUGAACUACUUGUAUAAAAGAAUAAUGUGUAUCAAAAAGGUUCUUUAAAAAAAACAACAAAAAGGAACAAAAAGACCUCUUUCCUUUUAGCCGGUUAAUAUUAGUUUUGAGUUUAAUUCCUAGUCCUGGCAAACUAUCACAGCCUUUGCAACAAACCCUCUCCAUUUUGAAGUGUGAUAUUGAUGAUAAAUAAACAUUGUACAUUGUUUCUUAAAAA